UCGCUUUGUUUGAUGUAAAUAUUGUUACACGUGUAUCUGUAUUUUUCGUUCGUUUUACUUUCUUGAUUUAACUUACUUCAAGUAUUUUACGAGUUGAUAUAAACUAUGAGUGAAAAUUUACAAGGUUUUACUAGAGUGAUCAGAAUAACGUCAAAAAAUUCGAUGUCUAUAAAUGGCGAUAUAGACGUCCCACUACCAGACGACCAACUCAUUCAAAUUUUGGAAUGUCCAAUUUGCGCUGAAUUUCCUUCCCCACCUAUUUUUUCUUGUGAAAAAGGGCAUUUCAUUUGCAAUGGGUGCAUUCGACUGGUGGACGCUUGCACCUCUUGUCUCUCUCCCUUCACCCAGGUUCGAAACUAUCCCUUAGAAGCAAUUGUCGAGAGAACAAAGUUCAAAUGCAGAUAUCGAGAUCUCGGCUGUGAAGAAAGCGUUCUGGGGGCGACAUAUGUGGCGCACGUGGACAACUGUCUCUUCAGGCCGCUGAAGUGCAGAGAAGCUGAGAAUGCACCGUGCUGCCUUAGUAAUUUCUAUCCGAAUACUUACCUUCAGCACUUAAUAUCUUCGCAUCAGACUGCGGGGGAAAUAAUUGACGAUAACAACCCACUCGUUGCAAGUUUUACUCAAAAACUUGGGAAUAAGUUUGACACUAUGUACGUGAAGUUCCCAGGGCGUUAUGACCGAUCGUUUCUUUUGCAUACCCAAAAACACAAAUCAUUCAUUUGUUGGUGGGUAACCUGUCUAGCAAUGGAAGAUAAAGGUCGCCAAGCCACAUUAUCUUGGUCAAAGAUCCAAAAUGCUGCUCUUCCGCGAAGCUCCGUGGGUAAAACUUUUACCAUUAAAUGGAAAGUCGAAAUUCAACACGAAAAUAAGCAAUUCGAAGAAAUCCGGGACAGUGGCAAUUGCGCUGUGCUGCCUCUCCAGCACUUGAACCAAUUUAAAACGGAUGGCAAUGACGACGGACUUGAGACUGCACCUCAAUGGGUGCUUGGUUUGGAUAUUGCAAAAACGGAUAAGAUGGAGGAUGUUACCAAUUUAAAUGUACCUGUACACAACAAUGCCAAGUCUUUAUUAACCACUAUUAAACAUUAUUCUCCGCUGUUUGCUUUGAUUAUUGUUGGUAUUGUGGUAUGUCUUUACUACGGGUUGCGAGACAAGGUAGCUGAAAGAAAUGCUCCAGAAAUUGAGUAUUAUGGACAUCGAGGUUUUUAUUUUCCAAAAAAGACAAUGCAGAACACCGAGUUUUAGUUAUUAUUUACCUUCAGUUUCAUGAAUAAUCGAAUUUUUAUGUAAUUAUCUUUACUUGCUCAUUUAUUUUAAAUGAUCUUAAUUCAUUAUUAUCUUAACUAAUUUGAAGACCAGGACUGGAUUGCAAACGCUGAGUCAGCGAUUCCUUUUGUAGUUCAACGCCAGCACUACUAAAUAUAUAUACAUAUUCAUGUUAUAAUUACUAUAUUUAUAAUUUUAUGGAUAACACGAGAACAUUACUUGAACUAAAUAUUAUCACGAACGAAUAUGUUUUUACUUGAGAUCGACCUUCACUGAAGCAUGACUUCAAGUUGACUUAUUUUUUGCAUACGCGAAUUUGUGAUAAAUUUAGUUCAAUGUCUUUAAUUAAACUGCGUUCUUUGCUAGUGCUUUGUAUGUACAUAUCCUUCCAGCAAGAAGCAGAAUCUUAUUUGUUUCAGUAUUUGUAUUCAAGAAAUAAUAAAUCUUUAUGAAAUCGUAUUUUCAUACACAAUGGAAUCAUAACUUUGACUUAUUUUCACGCACACCGCUAGCGUUAUACAUACACAUGUGUGGUAACUGUUCUUACAUACUUCAAUUUCGUCCUGUUUAUUGUCGUAAAAUGUUGGUGGUGAAAUGGUAUUCCCCUCUUCGUUGUUCUACAUUUCUGAUACUGGCACACUUCAUUUGCCGUUUUGCAACGAUCAGUGGUGAGGCUGAAGUUCGAAACCUAAUACAAGAACCUAUUGCUAUACCCCAAGUGCCCAAGGCUCCCAGUUGUGGAGAUAGCUUCCCUGGUACUCCACAAUGGAAUAAAUGCUGGGACAAUUUUAGAAUUGACAUGGCCAUGUUUCAAUAUCACAUGCAAGAAUAUGGAAUUCAAGUCUCGAAAAUGAUAGAGAAUAGCGCAGCCAGAGGAAAAGUGAAGCCCAAUACUCUGUCAUCAUGGACGUCUAGUGUUUUCACGAACGGAUAUACCAUUCAGACGAAAGGGUUGUCCAUUUCAACGACCACGCAGAAUGGGAACCUACAAAUAAAACUCCCCAUUCCUGCAAUGACGAAUAUUCAAUCCAAUGUCAAUGGGCAAGAUAUUGAGAUACGAGUUGGAGGAGCUAAAGAGGAGAUGAAAAUCGCUAAAAUCCGAUUCCCUGAUAACGUGAGACUCACUGACAUAAAGCUUCACCGAAUGGAGGAUAGCAUGAUAGUGUCCGGACCUAUCGAAAUUACAAAGAACUCAAUCGUCCAGAGCAGUAUUAAUUAUGCUGUGUCACCUUCAUUUCCAUUUCAGCAUAAUUAUGCUGGGCAAUCUGCAAGGCAAGCCUCGCAAAUGUGGUUCUUCUAAUUCUUCAUUUAUUUAUUUAUGAGUUUCUUAACUUAGAAAUGAAUUCGAUCACAUUUCAGAUGUUGUGCGUAUUAAAAAUAUAAUUUUCGAAAUAAAAUGAAUAUUCUAUUACAUGACACCA